UACUAACAAAGCAAUAGUUGUAUCAUGGAUCUUUCCUAUCUGCAAGAGAAUUACACACUCAUUCUUUCUACGUUUGCCAUAAUUCUAGUCCUCUACUACUUAUCAUUCUUGUACAAAACCACUACCACUCCACCUGAAGUAAGUGGUGCAUGGCCUAUAAUAGGCCACUUCAAAUUUUUUAGUGGUCCUGAUCUUCCCCAUGUAACCUUGUCAUCCAUGGCUGACCGAUAUGGACCCAUCUUCAUGAUCCGGCUUGGUAUACGUAAAGUCUUGGUGGUGAGUAAUUGGGAGAUAGCUAAGGAGAUCUUUACUACCCAUGAUGUGAUAGUUUCUGACCGUCCGAAUUACGUCGCUGCAAAGAUAUUGGGGUUUGAUGGUGCAAAUUUGUCUUUCUCUCCUUAUGGUCCAUACUGGCGUGGAUUACGUAAAAUCAUCUCUCAAGAGUUGUUGUCUGUAAGUCGGCUUGAGAAGCUUAAGGUUGUUCGAGUGGUGGAACUAGAAAGCGCAAUUAAAAAUAUUCAUGAUCUUUGGAGGGAGAAAAGAGAUGCGCAAGGGAAAGUGUUGGUGGAAAUGAAGAAAUGGUUUGGGGAUUUGACGAUGAAUACGAUGCUUAAAGUGGUCGUCGGAAAACGGUACACUAGAGGAGUUGACAGUGAAGAUGAGGAGGAGAUGAUGAGUUGUCGUGGAGUGAUAAGGGAGUGGUUUCAAUACCUCGGACAGUUUUUGGUGGCAGAUGCUCUUCCUUUUUUGGAUUGGUUGGAUUUGGGCGGAUAUAAAAAGACAAUGGAACGAGUUGCAAGGGAACUCGAUUCUAUAUUUGGGAAAUGGUUAGAAGAGCAUCGCCGAAAAAGAUCUUCAGGAAAUGCAACAGAGGUAAAAGACUUCAUUGAUGUGAUGAUGGAAGUAGUAGAAGACGAUAACACAGCGGGUUACAAUGCUGAUACCAUAAUUAAAACCACAUGUGAGACCCUUAUUGCGGGUGGUUCAGAUACAACUACUAUCAUGCUAACGUGGACACUCUCAUUACUACUAAACAAUCGUCACGCUCUUAGAAAGGCUCAAGAAGAACUAGACACACAAGUAGGAAAAGAUAGACCGGUAAAUGAAUCAGAUAUAAAAAACAUGGUCUAUCUCCAAGCUAUCGUAAAAGAAACUUUGCGACUAUACCCAGCCGGAUUCCUAGGAGGUCCAAGAGCCUUUACAAAAGAUUGCACAGUAGCUGGCUACCAUGUCCCUAAAGGAACAUGGCUACUAACCAAUAUGUGGAAGCUCCACCGUGAUCCAAAGGUAUGGUCGGACCCAUGCGAGUUUAGACCAGAGAGGUUUCUAACCCCAGACCAAAAGGCCUUCGAUGUGAAGUGGACUGAAUUUGAGUUCCUCCCUUUUGGGGCCGGGAGAAGGUGUUGUCCUGGAAUAGCUUUUGCGUAUCAAAUGUUACAUAUGGUUUUAGCAACUUUAUUACAAAACUUUGAGAUGUCGACUCAAAGUGGUGCACCUGUUGAUAUGAGCGCGCUUCCUGGAAUGACAAAUGACAAGGCAUUUCCGCUUGACGUCCUAGUUUCCCCACGCUAGGAUGCAACUGAUAAAAAAGUGGAUGGAUGAAGAAGUGCCCAAAUAUAAAGCCGCCUUGUAUAUGUUGUAAAAUAUUUUGACUUGUUUAUCAUAUCGUUUUUGUACUAGUACAAAUAUAAACCAUAUAUGGGAAUGAUUUUGUACUCUUUUUAAACUAUAUAUUUCAUGUAAUAAUAAUGUAAGUUAUAGACUUUUAUUAACAUAA